AUCUAUAUAUACGUGAAUCCUAUCUUUCUCUGUCAUUUUAUCUUAUUCUCCUUUUCCCAUCUUUCGUUGACUACCCAUUGCUUUUGAUUCAUCAAAGUUCUUAAUUUUCUUCUUUGUUUUCAUCAUGGAAGAGGCAAAGGUGUUGGAACCUAAAGAAGGAACAAUUGCUGUUGCCUCUUCUUUUCCUGGUCAUCAAGAAGCUGUACAGGAUAGAGAUCACAAAUUCUUAACUCAAGCAAUUGAAGAAGCAUAUAAAGGGGUUGAAUGUAAAGAUGGAGGGCCAUUCGGUGCAGUUGUAGUUCGCAAUGACGAAGUCGUUGUGAGUUGUCACAACAUGGUUUUGAAAAACACCGACCCUACUGCCCACGCAGAGGUUACCGCUAUUAGAGAGGCAUGCAAGAAGCUGAAUCAGAUUGAGCUCUCAGAUUGUGAAAUAUAUGCAUCAUGUGAGCCUUGUCCAAUGUGCUUUGGCGCCAUCCAUCUAUCGAGAAUCAAGAGGCUGGUUUAUGGAGCCAAAGCAGAGGCAGCCAUAGCCAUAGGGUUUGAUGAUUUCAUUGCUGAUGCAUUGAGAGGUACUGGUUUUUACCAGAAGGCAAACCUGGAGAUCAAACAAGCUGAUGGAACAGGUGCCGUCAUUGCAGAACAAGUGUUUGAGAAGACUAAGGAAAAGUUUACCUUGUACUGAUUUCUCACUCUUCCCUAUUUAAUCUUUCAUUAUUAAAUUUGAAGUUUAUGUUAAGAAACUGACCUUAUGAAUAAUAAUAAGUAUGCAUUGUUUGAUUUCAAAA